UUCCCUCUCCUUCCAACUCCCACAUCAAACUCCUCUCUCUCUCUCUCUCUCUCACACACACACACACACAAAAAGAGAGUAAUGGCUCAUCUCCUUGCAAAACCCAUCUUUUACACCCUUAUCACAGUAACACUUAUUUCAAUAACCAAGUUUACAUUUUCCCACCUCUCUGUAUCUUUGUCUCCAAUUCUGUUAGUCAUCCUCCCUUUAGUUCCAGUCAUUCUCUACUACUUCAACUCAAUCUCCAACGCCUCCACCACCCUUCCUCCAGGCCCUCUCUCUAUCCCUAUCUUUGGAAACUGGCUCCAAGUUGGCAAUGACCUAAACCACCGUCUGCUGGCUACCAUGGCUCAAACCUAUGGCCACAUAUUCCUACUCAAACUAGGUGCCAAGAAUUUAGUCGUGGUGUCCAAUCCUGAGCUUGCCAACCAAGUCCUCCACACACAGGGCAUCGAAUUUGGGUCCCGGCCACGCAACGUUGUCUUCGACAUCUUCACCGGCAAUGGACAAGAUAUGGUGUUUACAAUAUAUGGUGAUCACUGGCGUAAGAUGCGCCGCAUCAUGACACUUCCAUUUUUCACCAACAAAGUUGUGCACCAGUAUAGUGAUAUGUGGGAGGAAGAGAUGGACCUAGUGGUGGAUGACCUGAAGAAAGAUGAAGGAGUUAGAACAAAGGGAAUAGUUAUCAGAAAACGCUUGCAGUUGAUGCUAUAUAAUGUCAUGUACCGGAUGAUGUUUGAUGCAAAGUUUGAGUCACAAGAGGACCCUUUGUUCAUUGAGGCAACAAGAUUUAACUCUGAAAGGAGUCGGUUGGCUCAGAGUUUUGAGUAUAAUUAUGGAGAUUUCAUUCCUUUGCUUAGACCAUUUUUAAGGGGAUACCUGAACAGGUGCAAAGACUUGCAGAGUAGAAGGCUGGCAUUUUUUAACAACUAUUAUGUCGAGAAAAGAAGGAAAAUUAUGGCUGCCAAUGGAGAGAAGCAUAAAAUAAGUUGUGCCAUUGACCACAUAAUAGAUGCUCAGAUGAAAGGAGAAAUCAGUGAAGAAAAUGUUCUGUACAUAGUGGAGAACAUCAAUGUUGCAGCAAUAGAAACAACAUUGUGGUCUAUGGAGUGGGCCAUAGCUGAGUUGGUAAACAAUCCGACCGUCCAACGCAAGAUCCGCGAUGAAAUCUCAUCCGUCCUUAAGGGUCGUGCAGUCACAGAAUCUAACCUGCAUGAGCUACCUUAUCUUCAAGCCACGGUCAAAGAGACACUAAGGUUGCACACCCCAAUUCCUUUGUUGGUACCCCAUAUGAAUCUUGAAGAAGCAAAGCUAGGAGGUUAUACCAUUCCUAAAGAGUCUAAGGUAGUGGUCAAUGCCUGGUGGCUAGCAAACAACCCUGCAUGGUGGAAAAAUGCCGAGGAAUUCCGGCCAGAGAGAUUCUUGGAAGAAGAAUGUGCCACAGAUGCCGUGGCCGGUGGAAAAGUCGAUUUUCGAUACUUACCAUUUGGCAUGGGAAGGAGGAGUUGCCCGGGGAUCAUACUAGCACUACCAAUCCUAGGCCUUAUCAUUGCCAAAUUAGCAUGUAAUUUUGAGAUGAGGGCUCCGCUCGGAAUGGAAAAGAUUGAUACAAGUGAAAAAGGAGGGCAAUUCAGCUUGCACAUUGCAAACCAUUCCACUGUCAUCUUCCAUCCCACAACAGCAUGAUUUGGUCAAACAAUCGUUGAUGAGAUGAAGAAUCAAAUGGAAAUAGAACAUUGGCGUUUUGAUUGUUUACAUUCUAUCAGUUCUCGAUCAGUUCAAACAAAGGCAAUUCUCUAGACAAGAAAAGGAUAAGGGUUAAUCACACACACACACGCAUACAUUGUACUCUUGAGUGUAUUCAUCUCCAUUUGUGAGAAAUAAGCACACAGUACGAUUAUUUUGAUGAAAUAAAAGACCAGAGAGUUUUCUACUCA